AUGGGACGAACGACUCGGUUGGAGAUCGUGGACCAUUCGUUGAUUCAAAAGUCGUACAUCGUGCACUCGGACGCGACCGGGUCGCCGUGGGCGGACGCGCUCGCGUGGAGCGGGGUCGCGUGGCUGUUGCUGCGGUCUGUGAGUGGUCUUGCUUCAUUCUGAAAAGUUGAUACAUAAUUUGACCAGAUACGGAACACGUUACACAGGGCUACUAUACGUGGAUGGGGUUGUUGCUGGCAGGGGUCUGGGUCAAGCUCAAGUCUGGCACAGUCACUUCUGGUGAGUACACGCCCUGGCGCAGUUUCCUACUUUUCCUAUAUCUGGAACGUGUAUGGAAGGAUGUUUGAAGAUGCACUGCAGGGAUUGUGAACGUCGAAAGUGCAGGCAGGACGAGGGAACACGUAGGCUUUGUGAUCAGCUUCGCUGCCACCAGGCCAGAGGCUACGGCUCUGCAAUUACUGUGCCAGCUCUCAACCCAGAACCCCCCGUGCGACUUCUCAUCCAUUCGGAUCAUUUCCCGGAGCCACUAGAUGACAAUGUCGCGCCUUCGUCAUCAGCGUCCAGCCCCAUUGACCGUGCCCGUCUCCCGCCCCCACAUGACCCCUGACCGUGCGCCUGCCUUCACUCCCCCCCCUCCCAGAAUCCCUCCUGGCCGUCCGAUCCCUCGGUCUCCAACUCACCACAUUAAGAGGUCUCAUUCUCCGCUUCCCCUUCUCAUCAUCGACUUUCACCCUCCUUCGAUCGAGCUCGAACGUCCUCCUCCCCUUGGGCGACAUCCAGGACAUCACCCUCAACGAGGUCAUUUACGGAUGGGGGAUUCGCUACGUCUUGGUCGUGAUCCAGAAACCGAAAGUCGAUACCGACGAUGGGAAGUUGAUCAUCGCUUAUGAGGUGAGAAGCGAGCAUCCGAGAAAGCGCCUCGGUGUUGGAAGGCUGUUCGGAGCUGAGCUUUUUGCGAAUCUUUUUUUUCCCGAGCAGGAAUUGAUGCCGAGAUUACCUCAAUUGGAAAGGGUUUGGAGGGGUGUACGAUCCGUUCUAUUCGAUGAACUGGACCGAGAAGACUCGGAUACAGAUACUGAUCUCGAGCGAGAGAACAAACCGCCGAUAGACAGUUGA